AUGGUUCCUCACGUGCCUCUUAACCCACAAGCCCCCGCGUUUGUCCCGGCUUAUCAGAACACGUGGCCUUAUACCGCCAUUCCUACUGCACCACCACCACCACCACUGCCGCCGACAGAACCACCGUGUCAGCAAGGGGAGUUUCUCUCUCUUCCACCCAACUUUAGCCUCUAUUUACCCACAGUGCCGUUACCCCUUUCUGAUGGUACGAACAACACCUUCCUUUCAUCACCACCAGAACCGUUUGUGGUGGUGAAUGAAGAAGUUGCUGUUACUGAUUCACUGAAACAGCAGCGGCAGCUGCAGUUCAAUCACCAUGGAUUCAUGAACAUCCGAGUUGGUCCGAGACGAUCCUAUCAGCAGCAGCAUCAGGCGCGAGUACUGUGGAAGCCAAAGAAAGUGAAGGAGGAAAAGGAAGAUAGGAAGCAACAAGAGAAGCUCUAUGGCUAUGGCUAUGGCUAUGGAGGGAAGAAGGGGAGACAAGAUUUUCGGCGCUCAUCACAAUAUCAUGGCUUGGAUACUUCUUUCCCUAAAAAGAAGAAUGAUCCCUCCCGUGUUUCCCCAGUUCGUGAAAAUGGAAAUGAAACAACGGUUAUGAUAAAAAACAUUCCUUCCAGAUACACGUGCGUCUCUCUCCCUUCCUCGCGGCGAGAUGAUCUGGUGAAGUUUUUGGAAAAUCAUUGCAUGGUGGAGAACAGUAAAGUAGAGCAAGGAUUUGAAAAGACUGAUGUUUUGGCCUUUGAUUUUGUUUAUCUGCCGAUUGAUUUCAAGACAGGAUUCAACAAGGGCUACGCAUUUGUGAAUUUUACAACCUCAAAAGCAGCAUGGAAAUUCAACAUAACAGCCUCGAACAGCAAAUGGGAGAUGUACCAAUCCCAAAAGGUUCGGCAAGUUGCAAAAGCAAACAUUCAGGGAAAAGAGAAUCUGGAGAGGCAUUUUGAGAAUACGAAUUUUCCAUGCGAGUCUAAAGAGGUUUUGCCUGUUAGUUUUAGCGUGCCUCGUGAUGGAAAGAACAAGAGUGGGGAACAGAAGACUUUGGGUGUUCUGCUGAAGCCUCGAUACAUUUGA